CGGUCACGGGAACGGCCCGCGCCGGGGACCGAGCCUGGCCGGGUCACGUCGUAAGCCGGGGUCGGGAGACGGUGUGCGGAUCCUCCGGGCUGCCCCCAGACGACCGGAAGGUGCCUUGGGAACCCUGAAGCUGAGCCUAGCCAUGAGGCCAUCACCAGAGGUCCCCCAGGAGAGGGCCUGAUGUCAGGAGACGUGGCGGUGCCUGUGACAAAGCCCCUGGAGCGCCCUGUGUGGGCACCUUCUUGGCUCCUGUGAGGAAAGGGCUCUGGGGCCUGGGCAGGUGGACGGCGGGGCUGCAGCUAUGGACCGUGAGCUGGCCCAGGCCCGCGUCCUUGCCGAACCUGCCUGUCUGUGGCCUCUGCCGCCAUGGGCUCCUUGGCGUACAUCGCGGUGGAGCUGGCCAUCGCCGUGCUGGCCAUCCUGGGCAACGUGUUGGUGUGCUGGGCAGUGUGGAUCAACAGCAACCUGCAGAACGUCACCAACUACUUUGUGGUGUCACUGGCGGCAGCCGACAUUGCGGUGGGCGUGCUCGCCAUCCCGUUCGCCAUCACCAUCAGCACCGGCUUCUGCGCCGCCUGCCACGGCUGCCUCUUCUUCGCCUGCUUUGUCCUGGUCCUCACUCAGAGCUCCAUCUUCAGUCUCUUGGCCAUUGCCAUCGACCGCUACAUCGCCAUCCGCAUCCCACUCCGGUACAACAGCCUGGUGACCUGCACAAGGGCCAAGGGCAUCAUCGCCAUCUGCUGGGUGCUCUCCUUUGCCAUCGGCCUGACACCCAUGCUGGGCUGGAACAACUGCAGCCUGCUGAAGGAGGGCAGGAACGACUCUUGCGGCGAGGGCCAGGUGACGUGUCUCUUUGAGGAUGUGGUGCCCAUGAACUACAUGGUGUACUACAACUUCUUCGCUUUCGUCUUAGUGCCCCUGCUGCUCAUGCUGGGCAUCUACUUGAGGAUCUUUCUGGCAGCCCGGCGACAGCUGAAACAGAUGGAGAGCCAGCCCCUGCCAGGGGAGCGGACUCGGUCCACACUGCAGAAGGAGGUCCACGCAGCCAAGUCGCUGGCCAUCAUUGUGGGACUCUUCGCCCUCUGCUGGCUGCCCCUGCACAUCAUAAACUGCUUCACCUUCUUCUGCCCCACGUGCAGCCACGCCCCUCUCUGGCUCAUGUACCUGGCCAUUGUCCUCUCGCACAGCAAUUCUGUGGUCAAUCCCUUCAUCUACGCCUACCGGAUCCGUGAGUUUCGCCACACCUUUCGCAAGAUCAUUCGAAGUCAUGUCCUGAGGAGGCAGGAACCCUUCAAGGCGGGGGGCACCAGUGCCCGGGCUUUGGCAGCUCACAGCGCCGAAGGUGAGCAGGCCAGCCUCCGUCUCAAUGGCCAUCCCCCUGGGGUGUGGGCCAAUGGCAGCGGCCCCCAUCCCGAACGACGGCCCAAUGGCUAUGCUCUAGGGCUGGUGAGUGGAGCGAGUGUCCAGGAAUCCCACCAGGACGUGAGCCUCGCGGGCGUGGAGCUCCUUAGCCAUGAACACCAAAGACCUUGCCCAGAGUCGUCUGGCAAAGAGGACCCCCGAGCCCAGGGCCGGGCAGGAGUGUCCUGAUGGUCCAUGGCAUUGGUCCCUUCCUGAAGGAAGGAAGUCACCGUCUUUCUGGUUGGCUGGACCAGUCAUGUUAGGAGGUGAGUGAGGGCCUGGUAAUCACCGCGGAUGGAGAGGAAGGAGCCCCAAGCUGGUGCAGCAUGCGGCCCAGCAAGUAGGGCCUGAGGCCUGAGAAAGUCAAUGUUUCAUGCAAUGAGGCCCUGCACUAGGCAUCUUCAGUGGUCAGGGCCCAGUCUCCCACUCCCAAUGCCCCUGGAGGACCCCUGUCUCUGCAGAGUGGCCAUGGCUUAGCAGACUGGCCUCAGGAAGCCUCCUGUCACACGCUCGCCUCCCCUCCCGGACUUUCUAGGGCUCGAGAAGCUGCUGGCCUGGAGGUGGCACUUGACUACGAAGAUAUAAGUGUGAGGAAAUCCUUUCUAUUUUAUUAUCUUCCUUCCCCUGGCUUCUGGAUCUGUUGCCUGUCCUGCUGCUAUCUUGGCAUUGGGAGUCUGCCAGGGAGUCUCGGGCAGCCCUCUCCUGUUGUCAACCAUGGCUGUGCACUGGGCUCCCAGGGCCAGCUCUCUGGAGGUGACGAAGCCAGGAUGGAGGACAUGUUGUAACAAGGACAGUGCCAGCGCAGGGGCUCAGGUCCCGGGAGCAAAGCCUGGGCUGCUCAGAACGGCCUCCGCAGAGGCCCCAACGAACUGGCCUUUCCUCCUAAAGGGAAUGUUUUUUGUUUUGUUUUGUUUUCUGAGAUAAAAUAAAAAUGA